UCUCACUCUCUCUCUCUCUCUCUGAACUAUAACAACACAAAUCAAACCACCACCUAGAAAUGGAAGCAGCAGCGCUUUAUCGUCGAGCCACCCAUCCCUCUCUCUCUCCAUAAAAUAGGAAUCCUUCAAUUGUUCCUCUUCUUAGAAAUCUUCUCUCUCUCUCUCUCUCUCUCUCUCUCUCUCUCUCAUCUGCUAGAAAACCCAUUGGGAAAAGGACCUCUUUUUGGGUUUUGCUGUUACAUAUCUUCUGCUUGUUUCAUCUGUCUUGUUUCAUUUUUUUUUUCCUCAUCGUUUCUAUCUCUCCACCUCUCUCAGAUCUGUCAAGUCUUUUUCUCUUUGUUGUAUCAUCUUUGGUUCUAGUAUUUGGUGGAAGGAAAAUGAGUAAACAAGAAGACGUUAAGUUCUUGAAGACACAGACUUGUGUUCUGAAAGUUAAUAUACACUGUGAUGGAUGUAAGCAGAAGGUGAAGAAACUGCUCCAGAAGAUUGAUGGGGUUUAUACAACCAGCAUAGAUGCAGAACAUGGGAAGGUGACAGUUUCUGGCAAUGUAGAUCCAUACACUCUCAUAAAAAAGCUCCAAAAGAAAGGCAAACAUGCAGAACUGUGGGGAGCUUCCAAGGGUGGUGGCGGCGGCAACAACAACAACAACCAGCUCAACAAGCAGUUCCAAGGCAUGCAUAUUGACAAUGGUAAAGGACAGAAAGAUGGGAAGGCUAAGGGUGGGAAAGACCAAAAGCCCCAGCAGCAGCAGCAGCAGCAACAACUACAACAGCUGCAGCAGCAACAACUACAACAGCUGCAGCAGCAACGUCUACAACAGCUGCAACAGCUUCAGCAGCUGCAGCAGCUGCAGCAAAUGAAGGGGAUGAAGGAUAUGAAUCUGCCCCAGUUCAAGGACCCGAAGAUGCCCUCUAAAGACCAGAAAUCUGUCAAGUUCAGCUUGCCUGAAGAUGAUGGUAUGGAUAGUGAUGAUUUUGAUGAUGAAUUUGAUAGUGAAUUUGGUGAUGAGUUAGAUGAGUUUGAUGAUGAUUUUGAUAUUGGUCCUGAUGAGCUGAUGAAGAUGAAGGCCAUGAAUGGUUGCGGGAUGGGUCAUCUUGGUAGUGGAGGUGUAGGUCAUCCUCAGCAACAGCCACCUAUGAAUGGCCAUGCCAUGAAUGACAAAAAAGCCAAUGGUGGUGGUGGGAAUGGUAAGAAAGGUGGUGGUGGAGAUGUGAAUGUUCAAAACAAGGGCAUUGGUGGAAAUAAUGAGGGUAAAAAUGGAAAUAAUGGAAAGAAGGGUGGUGGUGGAAACAGUGAAUGGAAUCAGGCACAAGGUGGGGGUGGAGCUGCUAAAAAUGGGGGAAAAAAUGGUGGGCCUCAAGAUCCCAAAAAUGGGGCUAGUAAUGGUGGAAAUAACAAGAAUGCCCCUCAUGCCAAUGGUGGGGGUGGGAACAAUAAUGGAAAUGGUGGGGGGAAGAAGGGAGGUGGUGGGCCCAAAAAUGAGAUGGCUAAUCCAAUGAACAACAUGGGUCCACGUGGGUUUCAUGACAUCGAUCUCACUGCUGGUGGUGGAGCAGGUGGAAAUAUCGGUCAGAUGAGGAACAUGCAUGUUCCCAUGGGCCAUCAGAUGGGCAACAUCCCAGCAGUCCAAGGUCUGCCCGCCGGACCUCCGAUGAAUCCAAUGAACCCUGGCAGUGGGUAUUUCCGAGGGGUGGGGGCCCCAGAUAUGGUCCCUGGCAACCCUUACCACCAGCAGUACCUUGCUGCUAUGAUGAUGAGGCAGCAGCAACAGCAACAGCAGCAGCAGCAGAACGGCAACGAACGGUUCCAUCCCAUGAUGUACCACCGGCCCCAGCCAGCUGUGGCUUACUUUCCACCGCCAUCACCUGCGCAGCCGGACCCAUAUACACAUAUCUUCAGUGACGAGAACACCAAUAGCUGUGUGGUCAUGUGAUUCGCUUGAAUUUCUGCAGACCGGUCAGAAAAUUCCCUUGUGCAUGCUAAUGGAUGGAUGGGAGUGUUUGUUUGGUGGGUGCUUGAUUUCUGUGUUUGAGGGGUGCAUGCACAUGGAAAUAGGUUACUUUGAAAUUUUCAUGUUUUUAAGUUGUAGCUGUUAUAUUUAUAUAUCUAAUUAUCUUAUUAUUGAAAUCUACUGUAGUAUUAGUGGAGGAGACUUUA